AUGGCCUACAUCACACCCCAGUUGACCAGCCCAGCGAGCACCCUAUCGUCCCAGGCCAGUCAGUACCUCCCUUCAAGGGAUCUCACCAACCGUGAGAAAGCUGCUCCAUACACUUCCUCCUACUACCGCCAACACACCCUGUGUCCCAACCGCAUCAGCGUUGAUGACAGCCAUCUCACGGAGGAGCAAUGGAGCAGGCAUGCGUUCGCUUUGGGAAUACCCUCAAAGGACAUCCGACGGCCUCACCCAGACGCACGAAGAUUCACCCAGAGGUUGCAAAGAAAACCUAGAAUGAGCGACCGGCAGGUAGCCGAGUUGCUGCUGCCUUUGAUCCAGUCUGCCACCCAAUCUUCCAAGAAGCUCCAGGUCAAGACCGACGCGGCAUUUCACACUGAUGCCGUGCCAAACGGUAACCCAGUUGGCCGGCUUUCAAGUCAGAAUGCCGCCUGGAGCAUGCCUCUUCCGGUGCCUAGGCCCAAUAUCACCGUCGGCUUCAGCUCGAAAAAUUUCACAGAGCACGAACUCGAGCUCCAGGAUGGGAUCAUCUCGAAUGCGUAUGGGGAGCCAUGCAAUCUGGCACAUAUCUCGCAGCCUAUUGUCGGAAACAACACACUGCUCUGGCCCUUUUUCACAGUCGAAGUCCAGAGCAGCUCUUUAGAAGCCGCCCAAAAUGCCGCGGCCGGAUCAGCCUCAACUUGUAACAAUGCACUCGCUCUCCUCGCCGAAGCAGCACAGGAGCCAUUCAUACGACGCCAUGGGAGGAACCUCUUUUGGGAAUCCCAGAGAGCAGUGCAGAGCUUCUCUCUCUCGAUCCACAACGACUCAGAAGGCAACGGCAAGGUCGCAACACUAAAUUUGCAUACAUCCCACGGUGGGGUGUCGCAUAGAUGCGCACCAAUCCGAUCCUACUCCCUUUGCAACGAGGACGAUGUGGAAUGCCUCUUCUCGAGACUGAGCAGUAUCUUUGUCUGGGCAGAGAACUGUCACCUGCAACAGAUCGUUACACUCCUUGCUAAUCUCGAUGCCCUGGUGCAGCUGGAUUCAGGCAGAGAACAUCUGUCCGAUGGCUUUCCGAACGCGGACCUGGACGGAGCGACGGGAUUCGACGGGAGUCUGACUCCAGGCCGGAGCAAGUUAGGGGCCAUAAAGACCGUGCUGGCCCAAGUCAGUCCGAGGUGGAUUCGCAUAUCAUAA